AUUAUUAAACGCUAGAAGAAUACACUUCGAAUAAGAACCAUAAUUUUUUUCUUUUUAAAGUUUCAAUUUUUACUCUCAAAUUGUAAAUGCGAUAAAUAUUAGGCAAUUUUAUUGGUUUGCUUGUCUCACUUUCUGUACUAUUGUUCCUCUGUAGUAUCACAAAUAAUGGGUACAACUCAGGCUCAGCCAAUGGAUCGGUCCCAAAUUCAGUCGGCAGCGGUGAAUUUAUGCGUUUGGCUGUGAAGCCAUUGAAUGCAGAGCCGAAACGGAAUGAGUCAAUAGUUCCAUUUGCAGCGACCAUCGUCGCUCCUGCCAUGGGCGGAGCUAGGCGGCGCAAGAGACGGAACCAGGAUUUGAAACUUAUGAAAGUGGAAGACAAAGUAGAGGAGGCAGAGAAUUAUGAGAAACUGGCCGAAGAGCUAACAAAUGCUUCUCCACUUGAGAUUAUGGAUAAGGCCCUUGAGAAAUUUGGAAAUGAUAUUGCCAUUGCUUUCAGCGUUCAACCGGACUUGAACCUUCAUACCAUCAUAGUCCUGAACCAUCGCUACACCAAUCAUCACACGGGGUGUCCUAUCCUACUUUACGCGAUAAACCAGCACCAGUGGAGUUUGGCCGUUUUAAUGGUGAUACUGCAGAGGCCUGGGUGGUGGUGGGAGGAUGCUAAGGCCAAGGAAUGUGGCUUACAUAAGGGAAACAUCAAGGAUGAAAUUGUGAACGGUAAUGGAAAUGGCGCUGUCCAUGCAAAUGGUACUACCACUGUUGCUGAUAUUUUCAACACCAAGGACAUCGUAAGCUUGAGCAGGCCUGGAGUUGAGAACCUAUUGAAGUUGGAAAACAGAAGAGAACCUUGGCUUGUUGUUCUUUAUGCUCCUUGGUGCUGCUUCUGUCAGGCAAUGGAAGGAUCCUAUGUUGAAUUGGCGGAGAAGUUGGCGAAUUCUGGUGUGAAGGUAGGGAAGUUCAGGGCAGAUGGUGAACAGAAAGCUUUUGCACAACAAGAAUUGCAGCUUGGCAGCUUCCCUACAAUACUUUUCUUUCCUAGGCAUUCUUCACAGCCGAUUAAGUACCCAUCGGAGAAGAGGGAUGUAGACUCGUUGCUGGCUUUUGUAAAUGCCCUUAGGUGAAAGGUAGAUAGUUUCUUUACAUGUCUUGAGGUGAAGCAAAUCAGCAAUAGAAAAGGGACUUGUAUAGGUAGCAAAGUAUACCGUUCUCUGCCUUGUUUUUUCUUUUUAUCUUUUCUUUCGACAGCCAUUUCUGGUAACAGUUUUGAUUUCUCGGGGCUCAGUUUUGUGAAUCAAUGUAAACACAAAUUUCUCGCUCCAGCCAGGGAUGGAAACAGUGUAGUGCGGUUACAGUAUGUUAAUACUUUGAGGACAGUUUAAUUCCUUGUUGUAAAGCUAUUGCCCUUGUUAAUUUAUAGUUAAGUAAGUAUGGUUUUAGAUUGGAAGACAAUUUGAUUCAUUCUUGAAAA